AUGUGUGGUGCAUGCUGCUACUUCAAGAGGUUCGCUCCGUUCGAUCUUGAUCUGGAAAUUAUCAAAUAUAUGCAGAAGCAUCGAGAAGUGGUACGAAAACGAGCGAGAUUAUUUCAAAAUACACUUCGGGAUGUUGCAGUGGUAAGUGGUAAGGAGCACAGUUGGGUGUUGCUUGUGAUUGAUAAUUUCGAAGAAAAGAAAAUCGAGCACGGCUUGAGUGGCAUGGAUCACGGAGAUGAAGAUGUUCCGCCAGCCGAGCAAUUAGGAUCAAGAACUAGUGAAAUACAGGUGCCAGCGCAUCAAGAGCAAAAACGUGCGCGUCCCAACCCGGAUUGA